AUGCUCCCAUUCAUCGUUUCGGAAAAUAUGCCCCGCCUUCUCGCAGUUACACUUCUCGAAGCCAACCAGGGUUCAGCACCAUAUGGUCCUCUUCCUGUGGGACGUAAAUCAAAAAAUGCCAUUGAAACAAACCCUCGUGAAACCAAGAUCAACACUACUAUCGCUGAACAAAUCGGCAAGAUCAAAUCCAAAAUCGAUUCCCGUGAUGCUAACUACGUAUGCAACGGAGGCACAGAAUAUCAUUUAACGAAUGAGGCUUCGUCAUCUGCUCGCUCAUCAAAUCCCUCUGUAGUUCGGAAACCAUCUUUGAUAGGGCUAAGGCAACAGACAGAUGAGCUGUAUUCCACGAAAAAAUUCAAUAUAACUCGAAAAUUUCAGACAUUUCAACCCCAGAUUCAGUCUUCACUAAGAUUUCAAAAUCCUCACGAUGAGAAGAUCUCUGACCGUGAUUUUUUCAAGAUGGGCAAACAAGAUUUCAGAGACUGCAGUUUCAGGAUUGGGCCUGCGAUUAGACUUGUGGACUUUGCAGAGAG